CCUUUUGGAAUGAGCAUGUGGCUGACCCUCAAAGGCAUGUCCCCUCCCUCUCCACCCUCCUUCUUGGAGAUGUCCCUUCCUUUUGGGGUAAUGGGGACAUUAGGAGCAACCUCCUAGGGCUGUUGUGAGAAUUAAAUGAACUACAGCAGCCUGAGGCAGGGCUGGGCAGAAAUCUCAGCACAUGUUUGUUGAAAGGUUCACAGGUGGAUCUAGUCCCCAACCCACGGUCUCAUGUGCCUCAUCUAUUCUCCUGCAGUCUCCUGUAGCCCCUAUGUCCAGGGCUCUUCUCGCUCCAGCCCGGCUUCUCGAGGCCUGUCUACACUCGCUGCUUUCCUUCCUCAUCUCCAAUUUCCCCUCCAACCCACUGCUUCCUGACUCGCUCUUCUCCAUCGAACGGCUCUCGCUCAGGCCUGUCGCGUCUUCCUGUGCCAUUUCCUGUUGUGCUCAGGUUCCACGAGCUGCCCAUCUCCACAGAAGAGCAGCUGGCAUUGCCCACCGGCCAUGCCGGCUGAAGAAGAGAGGACUGAGGACCCCUGGAUGCCCAGCGCGAGGACCCCAGGACGCCCAGCGCGAGGAUCCCAGGAUGCCCAGCGCGAGGACCCCAGGACGCCCAGCGCGAGGACCCCAGGACGCCCAGCGCGAGGACCCCAGGAUGCCCAGCGCGAGGACCCCACGGCACAUCACGACCCUUCUGGAUUGGGCCAAAGUCGUCAUCUGGAAUCCUGCGUGGGACCCUGGACACAUGGACACAGAAACCUGCCCCUGGGACCCUCCAACUGUCAAUCCUUCCACAGCCACGGGGACGUCUUGCACAUUUCCUGUGGGACAUGCUGGACCCAAGACUCUGGACCCUGGCCUCCCCUUGAGUAGAGAGACCCAUCUACUGACUGAUGAACUGUGCUGACCCGAGGGUCAGGCAUGUGGCCUUGAUCCCUGUCCAUGGACCCUGAGACUUGACUUGGGGGAGGCUGUUGUGUCUUCACUGUUGAGUCCACAUCUGUGAAAUGGGCUCAGGUUCCUACCUCACAGGGCUGUUGUGAGGCAGCUGUGGUGUGCUUAGAAGCAUGGGGCCUGGUGGCUCAUGGUGCUUUCAAUAAAUGUUUCUUGUCUUAACUAAA